AGAGGUUUCUGUUUCCUGCUUCUCCGAUUGUGUUGUGAAUUGUUCAUCUCUUGAUUCGAUUCAGCAUUUGAGUUUUUUCUUCUCCAUCUCCGGAAAUUCGCGUCUUCAAUAGCUCAACAAGGGGACUUCCUAGCCAAUGCAUGUCUGUUGCUCUCUCUCGAUGUGGUGAGGAACUUGGUUUUGGUUUUGUUGUAAAUGUAACUAAGCAGGCUAACAUGGAAAAGUGCCUGGGUAAUUUUGAAGCUACUGUUACUACGUACAGAGAAGCUCCGAAUAAAACGCUAGUUGGAAAAGAAAAUUUAGAAACCACCGAACUGCUGUAUGUUCAUUUUUCUCGCCUCAAGUACAUGAUUACAAAUAGUGCUUAUGAUGCAGUUCAGAUUCUGAUAGAAGGCAAUGAGAAAGUUCAUCACUGCAAACUACUUCUUGAGUUGGAUACAGUACCUGUCACUGGUGCCGUGUCAUGGAAGUUGGGUCAUUUGAAGAUGAAGAAGUGGCAAAACUCAUGAACGAUUCGUUCGCUAGUAUCAAGGUAAACACACUCUUAACAUCAUAGGAGCAUUUGGUUCGAUCCCGAAUACGUUUCUACAAGAACAUUCACCAAGAAAAGCGAUGUUUAUAGCUUUUGGGUUUUACUCUUUGAGCUUAGAGCUGGAAGAAAUCCUCAACAAGGUC